AUGGCUACUCCCAGAUCUGUCAGAGACCUUGGACGCGACUUUGAUCGAUACUAUAACCCCUUCGAAACACCCAGUCAAUCAACAACUGAUUUGACCGCUUUGCUGCCCCGUCACAGUUCCAUGGAUAGCAGUCGGCAUGGAGGUGAAGCUUCUGGACAAAUGUCAAGACGGAACUCAAACCCUUUCGCUGAUGAAAGCAACCCCUCCAAUCACCUAGCAAUAACUCCUGCGACAGCGGCCGUCACAAUUCCCGGAGAUGCUGCUUUGGAUGAAAAACAUAUUGACGUGCCCUUCUUCCCGUAUCUUGACGACAGACUUGGUGCACCAGGUACAGAAGACCAAGGCUACACAUUUCCNCUGUACUGGCACGAGAAAGAAUGGGACGACGACAUGCAUUUACCGAUGGUGGACGAUGAUGUGAAACUCAAACCUACGUUACGAGAACGCUUUUCACGAAAGAAUGUACUGGACACGCUCGGUCUGGCAUUUAUGAUAAUCGGGCUUCUCUGUGUGUUCAUCAUGUUGCCUGUGCUCAGCUGGUCAGGCAUAAACAUCAUCGGAUACAACGACACGCCACUGGACCAGAUGUGGGGAUAUGGUGACAACGAACCGACCUGGGCAACAGUCAACGCGACUCGGAAGUAUCCACUGCUCAAGAACACGCGCAGAGGUCUCAUCGACCCAGACACACCCAAAACAGAAAGAUCGAGAGUCGGUGUCAAUGGCGAUAAACUCAAUCUGGUCUUUAGUGACGAGUUCAAUGACAUCAACAGGACGUUCUACGCUGGCGAUGAUCCAUAUUGGUAUGCGCCAGACUUUUGGUACGGGGCCACUAGAGACUUGGAGUGGUAUGAUCCAGAUGCUGUUACAACUUGGGAUGGGGCGUUGCAUCUUCAACUCGACGCGUUCGGAAAUCAUGGAUUACAAUUCCGCAGUGGCAUGUUGAACUCGUGGAAUCAGCUCUGCUUCAAGGGUGGAAUGAUGGAGGUUAGCGUAUCCUUGCCAGGCCCUGCUGGUGUUCAUGCUCUCUGGCCCGGUGUAUGGAGCUUGGGAAACCUCGGAAAGCCGGGAUAUCUGGCCACUACGGAAGGAACAUGGCCUUAUACGUACAACGAAUGCGAUGCGGGUAUCACGCCUAAUCAAUCUGACAGCAGCGGCAUGAAUAAGUUGCCAGGACAGAAGCUGGCCAGUUGUGUCUGUCCAGGACAAGAUCACCCAACUCCAGGUAAAGGACGUGGAGCACCAGAAAUCGACGUGAUCGAAGUUUCGGCCGACUAUUCCGGCCUGGGUCUCGGUGUUGCAACGCAGAGUUAUCAGAUUGCGCCUUUCGAUACCUGGUGGUACCCGAACGUCGACUUUAUGGAGAUUCCGGACUACAGUCUUUCUUCACUAAAUACAUGGACGGGAGGACCUUUCCAACAAGCGGUGUCUACCACGACUAUGCUAAAUAAUGGCUGGUACGAUGGAAAGGCAUAUCAACGCUAUGCUUUCGAGUAUGUUCCUGGGAAUACAUCGGACAGUUUCAUCGCAUGGACGGUUGCUGGAGAGGAGAUGAUGAAGUUUGAUGCCAGAGCUAUCGGACCUAAUGGAAACGUUGGUCAGAGAAUCAUCAGUGAAGAGGUAUGUUUUUGCCGCUCGACUCUUGAAAGCUAA